CUCAACAACCUUUUUUUUUUAUUUUUUUUCCCUCUAAAUCCAUUGAAGCAAGCAAAGCAUACAAUAUCAAGAAAAACUCCAAUCAAGCAAACAACAUAAAGCUAUAGCAUUCCCAAAAGCGAAGCUAAAAGCUGUCCAAGAAAAGUUCUUCCCCUCUCUCUUUCUACAAGCUCUCCAAAGGAGAAACCAAAACCCGAAACCAAGCCUCAAAUAAUGGAAGAACAGGAAGACAAGCCACUAUUCUGGCUUCAAGCCACCAACACUCGCCACCGUUCCCGCGGCCUCCGCCGUCAAGCCUCCUCUAUCUUCCUAAAUUCUGGUGUAUUCCUCGUACUAUUACUAGUUGUAGCUCUCGCUUUUGUCUUUGUUGUUGUUUCUUCAAUUGGCUCUUUCACAGCUCAAAUUUCGAGACCACAGUCGAUCAAGAAAAGUUGGGACUCGCUCAACUUUGUUCUAGUCCUCUUUGCUAUUGUCUGUGGAUUUCUUAGCAGAAACAACGGCGGCGGCGGCGGCGAUAAUGAAAACACAAGUUAUUACGAAGAUCAAAGCCUAUCAAAUGUACAAAAAGCAUCACAUCCGUCAACUCCUUCACAAAGAUGGUUUGACCAUCAAGAUCGAACUGUGAGCUAUAACACAUUGAACAGAUUGAGGAGUUUCAGUUCGUAUCCAGAUCUUCGUCAAGAAUCUUUGGAACGGUGGAGAUUUUAUGAUGAUACCCACCUGAAUAACUACAGGUUUUCAACCUCAAAUGAUCAGAUUCAUCAUGAUUAUCCGCAGCAAGUCGAGGAAACUACAAAACAAGAAGAGGGUGUUGGUGUUAAAGAUAUAGACGUUGAUACCUUUGUGAUAAAUCAAAAGGAAGUUUCAUAUCCAUCAUCGCCACCUCCCUUUCCUCCACCACAUCCAUCACCAUCACCUCCAUUGCCACCAUCUCCGCCUCCUAAGCUUGUGAGGAGAAAGGUGAAGAGAACAUAUCGAGAUCUUGGAUAUGAAAAAAGAACCGAUCAUGAGGAGAAAGUCCUAGAAAACUUCUACAAUAUCCCGCCACCAUCUCCACUGCCGCCGCCGCCUCCUCCUCCUCCUCCUCCACCACCACCACCUAUGUUCAGCAAGAACGAGAAAAGGAGAGGCAAAGAUUUCUUGAUUUCACUAAGAAGAAAGAAAAAGAAGCAGAGACAAAAGAGCGUUGAAAAUCUUGAUAGCUUCUUCAAUCCUCAACCUACGCCAACUAGUACUCUACCUUUGAUUCCGCCACCUCCGCCUCCACCCCCACCUCCUCAUUUUCUUCAAAAUUUGUUCUCAAAGAAAGGCAAAACCAAAAAACUCCAUCCAGUUCCCCCGCCGCCACCUCCACCACCAGUCACACGUGUAUCAAAGGUGGUCUCCCAAAAGGUUACGUCAAGAACCAAGGUCCAAGUAGCACCAAUGACAUCUGAUAAACCUCCAGAACCAGCCAAGACAAGUCGUUUCAAUAGCGUGGAAGAGAAUAUGGAGAGCGGGAAUGCUUCACCUUUGAUUCCACUACCGCCGCCGCCGCCGCCGCCUCCAUUCAAAAUGCCAGCAUGGAAAUUUGUUCAUGAUGGUGACUAUGUUAGAGUAGGGAGUUUCAACAGUUCGAGGAGUGGAUCGCCGGAUUUGGAUAGCAUUGAGGAUGCAUCAUCAGAGAAGGAUCAGUCAAGUCCAGUGGCAGCAGCAGGUGGAUCAGAUUCAGCAGAAACGGCAUUGUUUUGUCCAAGUCCUGACGUGAACACCAAGGCUGAUAAUUUCAUAGCGAGGUUUAGAGCUGGUUUGAAAUUAGAGAAGGCGAAUUCUGCCAACAGAAGGUCAAAUCUUGGUCCAGAAGCCAGCACAAGCACAAGCUAGAAGAAGGCUUCCGAUUUGUUUUUCUUUUUAUUUUUGGAGAUUUGAUUGAUUUUUUAUAUAUAAUUUUUUUAAAAAAAAUAUUUGGCGAGGAUGUAUGUAUGAAUGUUGGUUUGGGCUGUCCUGUCAUUUUAGGUGAAAUUUUAUUAUACAUACAGGAAUGAAUACAUGAGAACAUGGAAUGAAUUAAUUAUUUUUUUUUCUUUAA